AGCUACAGAGCAAUGCAAAUCUGAAUUGUAUGCCCCUUCCCAUCCCAAGUCACUGUGGAAGAAGAAGGAAGAUCCUUUCUUUCACAUUCACAAUUCACAAAUCCCUUUCUUCUUCUUCUCCUCUCAGAAUCUCACUUUCAAUGUUCCACUCUUCUCUCAAUAACUACUCUAUCUCUUCAAUUUUUGCCUAUUCAUCUUCCAUUCCAACACACCCUCACUUCUGAAUUUUCCAAUUCUGAGCUCAAUCUACCUGUUUCAGAUCUCUUCUCUCAUGUUUGAAUCUUAAUUUCGAAUGUUUUUUUAGGUUUCUGGUCUGAAAAUGGAGAUUUCCGGUGCUGGUUGUUCUCCUAGGUUCAGGUCUGAACAUUUAAGGAAAGAUGGAUCCGAGGAAAUUCCUGUCCGAGAACACUCUGAUCUUGGUGUUCACAAUUAUGAAAUCCAAUCAAUGAAUGCUUUGGAUAUUCUCAGAGAAACCAUAAGGAUUCUUAGGUUUAAUUCAUGGGCUUUCAUGGCAAUCACUGUUUUGCUUAUUUGUCCUGUUUCUGCUGUUCUUUUGUCUAAUGUCACAGUGGAUGAGUCCAUUGUCAAAAAUCUCACUAUUAGGCUUAUGUUGGUUGCUAGGACUAGUGGUCUCCCUUUGAGAUCUAUCAUCAAACAAUCGUGCCAGCGUUUCGCGGAGAUGGUGAUUUCCUCGGCUUCGUGUUUCCCUUUGUAUGCCACAUUGUUGUUGUUGUCGAAAGCCGCGGUGGUUUAUUCGGUAGAUUGUACUUAUUCGAGGAAGAAGUUUGAUGUUUCGAAGUUUUGUGUGAUUAUUGCGAAGUUUUGGAGGAAGAUAUUGUCGACUUAUAUGUGGGCUUGUACGAUAGUAAUUGGUUGCAUUACGUUGUUCUGCGUGUUUCUUGUUGCAUUCUGCAGCGCGUUGUCUGUUCUUGGGUUUUCUCCGGAUGUGGUUGUGUAUGCAGCAUUGGUGGUUGGGUUAGUGUUCUCUGUUGUCUUUGCGAAUGCCAUUAUCAUUUGUAACAUUGCAAUGGUGAUCACUGUGCUGGAGGAUGUUUCGGGAGCACAGGCAAUGCUGCGGUCGAGUAUUUUAAUCAAGGGUCAAACUCAAGUGGGUUUGCUGAUAUUUCUUGGAUCAACAAUAGGAACGGCCUUUGUGGAGGGGUUGUUUGAGCACAGAGUAAAGACACUGAGCUACGGUGAUGGAUCUUCGAGAAUGUGGGAAGGGCCACUCUUGGUGAUAAUGCAUUCGUUUGUGGUGCUUAUAGAUUCCAUGAUGAGUGCAGUUUUCUAUUUCAGUUGUAGAUCUUUUAGCAUGGAGAACUCAGAAGGUGAAGGGAACUCCAUUUUGGAAACUAUGGCCAUUUCUGCUGAAACAAUGGGCAUUCAAUGACAAUGCCAGUGUGAUUUUGAUAAUAUUGAUCGAGUUAAUAAGAUCAAGAGGGAAGCUGCAAGAGAUCGUUCUCAGCAAAUUGUAUUUGAUUCGCGAGAAGCUUGAACAGUGCUUCUUCAGAACAUUGGAUAUGAGAGCUAUAAAGAGUGGAUACUUUGAAAUGAGAGAAGUAGCUGGGUAAACAAUGUUUUUUAGUUAUUUUGCAGGGAAAGUGCUUCCUGUUGUUAUUUUACAUACAUGUAGAAUGUUUUUGUUUUUUGCAAUUGCAGUAGAAAAGCUAAUACUUUUGUAAACAAAUUGGAAGAUGUUAAAUUGAAUCCAAGCACAACUUUAUUGUUCUCAGGUAAUACAAAAUUACUUCUGAUUGUAGAA